CGGGUGUCAACGGCAAAGUUCAAACUUUGAGUCCCGCAUUCAGGCACCGGACGUCCGAGGAGUCUCUCUGCUCGUCGCUCCAUACUUCCGUAAGUCUUUCGGGAAUAUGUCUCCUUCCACGUCGCCCCGGUUCUUCACGAAGCGGGAGGUGGCCCGGCACAGCACCCCGGACUCCUGCUGGGUGCUGCUGGGGACCCGGGUCUACGACGUGACCGCCUUCCUCCGGAUGCACCCUGGCGGCGAGGCGCUGAUACGCAGCCGCUCCGGGAAGGACGUGAGUCGGGAGAUGGAGGGACCCCCGCACCGGCACUCGGAGAACGCCCGGCGGUGGAUGGAGCAGUACUACAUCGGGGAGCUGGACCGGGACAGCGGCGCCGAGGAGGCUCAGACUCUGAGAGAGAGGAAGCAAACCAGCGACCAGACGGACGGAAAGACGGCAGAAAAGACGAAGCUGGACGAGGACGAGGACGAGGACGAAAACUCUCCGUACAGCCGCUGCAGCUCCGUGGAUCUGGACAAGGAUUUGGUGGACUGGACGAAGCCGCUGGCCUGGCAGGUGGGUCACCUGGGAGAGAAGUACGACGCCUGGGUUCACCAACCGGUGGAUAGACCCAUCCGGCUGUUUGGGAACCCCUUCAUGGAGGCCAGCACCAAAACUUCCUGGUACUGGGUCCCGGUGGUUUGGCUUCCUAUCGUCUUUUAUUUCAGCUGGUAUUGUUUAACCACGCUGGCAGAAGGAACCACCAGGAUAGACGUGACUUCAGACUUGUCCAUCCCGGUCCAUAAGUACAUGUUCGUGCCUCUCUUCAUGUUCGGAUGGUUCCUGUGGUCCUUCAUGGAGUACUGCAUCCAUCGCUUCGUCUUCCACAUGAAGCCGCCAGCCCACAACUACUACCUCAUCACGCUGCACUUCCUGCUGCACGGACAACACCACAAGUCUCCGUUUGACGGCUCCCGGCUGGUCUUCCCUCCCGGUGUCGCCUCCAUCGCAGUUGUAAGUUUCUACAUGAUCGUCUGCAAGAUACUGCCGGAGAUCCUCGGCAUCUCGGUGUUUGUCGGAGGCCUCUGCGGCUACGUGGUCUACGACAUGAUCCACUACUACCUGCACUACGGAUCGCCAAAGAGAGGAUCAUACAUGUACGGCCUGAAAGCCUACCACGUCAAACACCACUUUGAGCACCAGAGAGCAGGUUUUGGAAUCACCACCACGUUCUGGGACCACCCCUUCAAUACAGUGAUUCCCGAUGAGAAGUUCUAAUGUAUGAACGGCUCUGCUAAAGGGCCACAGGACUUUUCAACCUCCUCCUUAGCAACCCAUAUGCUCUGUUUGCCUCUGACCAAACCAGGACGCCUCUCCCGGGCUGCCGCAGCUAAUCACGUUAACCAGCGGCGCAGUAAUCCUUCCGGCUCAGUCUGCUGCACUAUCCACUCACUGUGAUUAUCCCCAAAAGGCCUCUCUGUGCCAUUUCUAAUCACCUGCUGCACUCUUCAUCUGCCAAGAUUUCGCCACUUAGAGGAAGAAACCGACAACGAAGCCUGUGGAUCUCAUUAAAACUCACACUUAAAGUUAAAAAAAUAACAUUGUAAUCGUACACGCAUGCAAAAAUGUGUCCGAGAUGGAAAAGCAAGUGAUAGAAAGUGGAGUGAAAGUAGAGUAGAGUGAUGCGAGAGUGAUGUUUGUGUGUGAAAAACUCAGGAAACUCUUUAUCUGCAUAUCACAGCUGAUUGUUUUUCGUUUUUUUUGCACGCUGCUGCUGUCGACCGACUCAGAAAAUGCUUUUGAUUUCUCUCAGUUUUUAAUUUAUUAAUGAUCCUCAGAAGCUGCAGAGGCGAGAUUACACUGUAGUUUAUAGUUUGAUGUACUCUCUGGAAACAAAGCCCACAGUGGAGAUAUAUUUUUGCAAAGUCUGUUGUUAUAAUUGUUCUUUUUUUUCCCUCUUUAAUGAUAUGACAAAAAUGUAAAAAAGCAAAAAAAAUCAUUUUGUAAAAGAUGCUUUGUACAGAAGGAGAUCGGAUUAUGUAGAGAGACGGUGUCUGAGGAUGGAUUUAGAUUUAAAGAGCGAUGCGUUGUCAUGGUGACGGAGGAGACGGAGUUAGAGGUAUGAAGCCGGACCGUUGGACCUCCUGCUGUGAGGAUCUCGGAGGCCCCAAAAGUCUGAAAAAUAUCGUAAAAUUUUGCUCAUUUUAGCCUCUGCUCUGCGUCACUCCAUCCUCUGUUGCUGUUUUCGGCCUCCGUAGAUCCUCUCGGGAUGAAGAUUUACCUCUGACUCGACAACAGGAGGUCUCCACGGUAACGGGCGGAUCCUCAAAAACAAAAAGUCUCCUCGAAAAACACCCGAAAGCAGAACAAAACCUCCUUUUUACACAAUUAACUAGAGCACAGAGAGGAAAAAUGUACUCCUACUGCGAGAAAUCUUUUAUAUUUUCUAGCUUGAAUAAAGAUUUACAUCAUCGUAUAAACGUGUAUAUAUAAUCUCACACAUCUGUUUGUUUGAAAUAAUGUGCAAAAAUUGAUGUUUUGAAGAAGAGGAAACUCCAUUUUCAGCAAUAAUAAUGAAGUGUCUAAUAUAAAAAGGUUCCAACAGGGCUGCUGGGUUGAGCAAAAUUCCAAAUGUGUCAUUUUGUCUACAGAUAAUAUUUGAUAUAUUGAUUAUAAAAGAUGUUUUUUUCCAGAAAGAACCAAAUAAAAUCUAUAUUUUUGAUGCUUGUAAUGAUGUCAGAGACCAAACUAAAGUGAUUGUUGACGGCUGCUUGGCUAAAAUGAUUCCAGCUGUUGGAAUAUUCUGAUCUUAUUUAUGUGUAUUUAUGUGAUGAACGAUGAAAAAAAACAGCAGCUUGUGAGCUUUGAUUCCGACACAAGGCGACUUUGUGCUAAAUGACAUAAAGAAAUAAAAUAAUGUUUCCUAAAUCUGUUUACUUAAAUAUCUAAUAACUAUAUUUUGGAAUUUUAAAUGUCUAUGCAAAUGCAACGUAUUUGUAAAUAAAUGUCUGUAUAUUUCUGA